GCUCCGGACUUGGGAUCACAGACCUGAGCCAGCCCGCUGCGUCGGGGGCUGCGGAGGGCGCCGGAGCAGCACUGGACCUGGGACCUCAGCUCCUCGCCUCGCCAAGAUGGGCUCCCCGCCCUUCCUCAGCCAGUGUCUCUCCUGGAAGAGAAUCGUCGGCGUCUUUUUCCUGCCAUUUAUCUUACCUGGUUUUGCUCCUUGGCAUAAAGAGGACCUUGUACCUGGAAGGUUACAUCGGCUCCAGUCCAGGUUUAAUUGGUCUCAUUUGACCCCUCUGGAGCUAAAGGACAGAUCUGUGGGACUUCAAACUGAAAGCACUGGUCAGGGCAGGCCACACUUCACCCUGGAGGGGCACAAGUUCCUGAUCUUCGGGGGCUCCAUCCACUAUUUCCGGGUGCCCAGGGAGUACUGGAGGGACCGUUUGCUGAAGCUGAAGGCCUGUGGCUUCAACACUGUCACCACCUACGUUCCGUGGAACCUGCACGAGCCAGAGAGAGGCAGAUUUGACUUCUCUGGGAACCUGGACCUGGAGGCCUUUGUCCUGACGGCUGCGGAGAUCGGGCUGUGGGUGAUCCUGCGUCCAGGCCCCUACAUCUGCAGCGAGGUCGACCUCGGGGGCUUGCCCAGCUGGCUCCUGCAAGACCCCCAGCUGCAACUGAGGACAACCUGCAAGGGCUUCGCUGAGGCAGUUGAUAAGUAUUUUGAUCAUCUAAUUCCCAGAGUGAUUCCUCUCCAGUACCGCCAGGGAGGCCCUGUGAUCGCAGUGCAGGUGGAGAAUGAAUACGGUUCAUUUAGUAAGGAUAAAAACUACAUGCCCUAUCUUCACAAGACCCUGCUGCAAAGAGGCAUUGUGGAGCUGCUCUUGACCUCCGAUAGUGAGACAGCUGUGCUGAAGGGCCACAUCAAAGGAGUGUUCGCCACUGUCAAUCUGGAAAGGCUUCACAAGGGUGCUUUCAAUCAGCUCUAUAAAGUCCAGAGGGGUAAGCCAAUUCUCGUCAUGGAAUAUUGGGUCGGCUGGUUCGACAAGUGGGGAAGUCCACACCAUGUUACAGAUGCGAGUGACGUUGAAUACACUGUGUCUAGAUUCAUCAAAUACGAGAUCUCCUUCAAUGUUUACAUGUUCCAUGGUGGAACCAACUUCGGUUUCAUGAACGGGGCCACAUAUUUAGGGAGGCACAUUGGUGUUGUCACUAGCUAUGACUAUGACGCUGUGCUGACAGAGGCCGGAGAUUACACAGAAAAGUACUUCAAGCUUCGAAAACUCCUUGAACGUGUCUCAGGAACCCCCCUGCCCAGCUUACCUACACCUACUCCCAAGGCUGCGUAUCCUCCUGUGACGCCAUCGCUCUACUUGCCACUGUGGGAUGCACUCCAGUACCUAGGUGAGCCAGUCAAGUUGAAUCAACCGGUCAACAUGGAGAAUCUUCCUAUAAACAAUGGAAGUGGCCAGUCCUAUGGGCUCAUCCUCUAUGAGACCCCUGUCUGCUCCGGAGGUUACCUCCAUGCUCUUGUUCAUGAUACGGCACAGGUAUUUUUGAAUGAGACAAUUGUAGGAAUUUUGAAUGAGGAUAUUCAGGAUCUGCAAAUUCUUCCAUUCAAGCAGGGCUGUCAGCUUUUGAGGAUCCUCGUGGAGAAUCAAGGACGAGUCAAUUUUUCCUGGAAAAUGCAAAAUGAGCAGAAAGGGCUAACUGGGCCUGUCACCAUCAGCAACACUCCCCUGGGAAACUUCGCUGUCUAUUCUCUGGAGAUGAAAACGAGCUUCUUUGAGAGGCUCCGCUCUGUCCCCUGGAGGCCUGUCUCCGGUAGCUAUCUGGGCCCUGCCUUCUACCGUGGCACCUUGAGGGCUGGCUCUUCUCCCAAGGACACCUUCCUGAGGCUGCUGAAUUGGACUUAUGGAUUUGUGUUCAUCAAUGGACGAAACCUUGGGCGAUAUUGGAAUAUUGGGCCUCAGGAAAGACUUUAUCUUCCUGGUACCUGGCUUCAUCCAGAAGAUAAUGAGAUCAUCCUGUUUGAGAAGACAAUGAGUGGCUCAGACAUCCAAUCUAUAGACUAGCCCAUGCUGAAAAACUAUCUUUUAACAUAUUUCCUGGAUUAUUGGAAUUCAUUUAUAAGUUGAUUUUGAGGAAGAAGAUUUAUGUGAAGACCAUCAAACACAGUAAUGCUUACAAUAGCAAAAAUGUGAAAACCUAAGCAAUCAACAGAUGAAUUGUUAUAUAUUUUAUAGUAUUUCUACAUGAUGCCCAUUGUUAGGAUUUAAAAAGUCUUCAAAAUA